GUGAGCAAGCAGCUCUCUGAAGAGUACGAGAGGAUUGUGAACCCUGAGAAGGCAGCAGAAGACACAAAGCCCGUGAAGAUUAAGGAGGAACCUGUUAGUGAUAUUACUUUCCCCAUCAGUGAGGAGCUGGAAGGAGAUCUGGCUUCUGGCGACCAGUCUUUGCCCGUUGGAGUCCUUGGAGCUCAAAGCGAGCGCUUCUCUGCCAACUUGGAAGUAGAAGCUUCCCCACAGACUUCAGGGGCUGAGGUGAACGCUUCCCCGCUCUGGAACUUGGCACAGGUGAAAAUGGAACCACAGGAAAACGAGGAGGCCAAUGUCCACGGCCAUGGGGUCCUGGGCAGCGAUGUCUUUGAGGAGCCGAUGUCAGGCAUGAGUGAAGCUGGGAUGCCACAGAGCCCCAAUGGCUCCGAGAGCAGCUAUGGUUCUCAUUCUGCUGACAGUCUGAUGGGAUCCUCGCCUGUCUUCAACCAGCGUUGCAAGAAAAAGAUGAAGAAGAUGUGA